AUGUUCAGCUUCAGAAGCAUCCUGAAGAUACUGCAGUUCCUGAAAUUACUGAUUUUUUUCUCUCUUGAGAACUUAAUCUCACUCGUAUUUCCUCCACGCAAAAAAAGUUUUGCUGGGGAAAUAGUGCUCAUUACAGGCUCCGCAAAGGGGGUUGGAAGACAGAUUGCCAUAAAUUUUGCUCCUUUAGGAGCAACCUUGGUUCUUUGGGACAUUGAUGAUGAAGGUAAUAAAGAAACAUGCAGAUUAGCUCAAAAAAAUGGAGCUACACGAGUGUUUGCCUACCACUGUGACUGCAGCAACAGGGAGGAGGUCUAUGAACAGGCAGACAAGGUUAGAAGAGAAGUUGGGGAUGUUACUGUUCUAAUCAAUAAUGGUGGUAUACUGCUUGGGAAAAAGUUCUGUGACAUUCCAGAUGCAGAUUUUGAAAAGACCUUAAGAAUCAACUUCCUCUCUCAAGUCUGGACUUGCAAGGCCUUUCUUCCAGCCAUGAUGACCUGUAACCGUGGACACGUGGUUAGCACAGCCAGUGCAGCAGGACUGUUGGGGGUCUAUAGAAUGUCAGAUUAUGCUGGAAGUAAGCAUGCAAUCAUUGGAAUGAUGGAAGCCUUAGCUUCGGAACUGUAUCAUGCAGGAAAACAAGGCAUUAAAACCACAAUCAUUUGCACUUCUUUUAUCAAUACUGAAUUAGCUGAAGAUUUUCAAAGCCAAAACCACCCUUUUCUUCCUGUUUGUGAUGCAGAGUAUGUAGCCAGCAAGAUCAUAGAUGCAAUUCAAAAGGAAAAGUUUUAUCUAAUCAUACCUCUAAGUUUACGCUUUCUUGCUUUUAAAAUUCUCAUUCCUAGAAAAAUGGUACUACUCAUUCAGUCUUUCCUUAAGAUUGCCAACAGCUUGGAUAAAGCCUUCAGUUGGAAGAAAAAGGAUUGA